AUGUCUACCAAGCGCAUUUCCAAGGAGUACGCCGAGCUCUCCCAGGCCCCUCCAGAGGGCUACACCGUCGCCCUUCCUCCCUCCGAGUCGCUACACACCUGGCACAUCACCCUCCGCCCACCGCCCGCUACCCCCUUCCACCCAGGCGUCUUCGGCAUCCUCAUGACCCUGCCGACCGACUACCCCUUCAAGCCCCCCGUCAUCAAGUUCGUCACCCGCACGUACCACCCGAACAUCACCAACGACAGCCUCGGCAACGUCUGCCUCGCCAUCCUGAAGCCCGAGAACUGGAAGCCCAGCACCAAGAUCGCCGCCGUCCUCGAGGCCGUGAGGAACCUCAUGAUCGAGCCCCAGCCCGACGAUCCUCUCGAGGAGCGGGUCGCAGACGAGUACAGGAACGAACGAGCCGAAUGGGAGAAGAAGGUCAAGUACCACGUCGAGAAAUACGCCAUGGAGCCGCCUGUGUUCCCAGCUGGCCCCUAA